CUCGCCCUCUGGGCCCGCCCCCGGCGCUCUCCCGGCCCGCCCGCGCGCCGCUUCUCAGUCCCUUCCCGCCGCCCGUGCGCCCCAGUCGUCUUCCCCGAGAGCGCGACCUGCGCUCCCCAGGCUUCCUCCAGCCGCCGCCGUCCGGCCGAGCCCCAGCUCCCGAGCUGCCGCCGCUGCUGCCGGGACAUGGUCCUCUGCGUUCCGGGACCUCGUCCUUUGCUGGCUGUGGAGCGGAUCGGGCAGCGGCCUCUGUGGCCCCAGCCUGAGCCAGCUAUGCAGCCUUUGCCUGCCGGGGCCUUCCUGGAGGAGGUGGCAGAGGAGAUCCCAGCCCAGUCCGAGAGUGAGCCCAAGGUGCUAGACCCCGAGGAAGACCUGCUGUGCAUAGCCAAGACCUUCUCCUACCUUCGGGAAUCUGGCUGGUAUUGGGGUUCCAUUACGGCCAGUGAGGCCCGGCAACACCUGCAGAAGAUGCCAGAGGGCACGUUCCUAGUACGUGACAGCACCCACCCCAGCUACCUGUUCACGCUGUCAGUCAAAACCACCCGUGGCCCCACCAACGUGCGCAUCGAGUACGCCGACUCCAGCUUCCGCCUGGACUCCAACUGCCUGUCCAGGCCGCGCAUCCUGGCCUUCCCAGAUGUCGUCAGCCUCGUGCAGCACUAUGUGGCCUCCUGUGCUGCUGACACCCGAGGCGACAGCCCCGAUCCUGCCCCCGCGCCAGCCUGGCCUACCCCUAAGGAGGAGGCUCCUGGUGACCCAGCGCUGCCCGCCCCUGUGGCCACUGCUGUGCACCUAAAACUGGUGCAGCCCUUUGUGCGUAGGAGCAGUGCCCGCAGCCUGCAGCACCUGUGUCGCCUGGUCAUCAACCGUCUGGUGACCGACGUGGACUGCCUGCCACUGCCCCGGCGCAUGGCCGACUACCUCCGACAGUACCCCUUCCAGCUCUGACCCGGCCGAGCAGCCUCCUCGCCUCACCCAGCCGUCCUCUGGAGGGGACACUGGCCCCAGCUGGACCUGGGUUCUCGCUGUCCCUCCUCCAGUCAUCCUGGUGCCCACGUGCUUCUGGCAGCUGGACCAGGAAGAGUCAGCAGGAGCAAGGCUUGGGGCAAGGUGGAGGGGGCGGUGUCACACAGCUUGGAGGUUGGGCCCCAGCUCCCAUGUGGCUCCAUGGUGGUGGGCCACGUGUCAGAAGAGAGGGAGACAGGCAGGAUCUUGUCUCGCCCCGUGGGCCGGGCCCAGGCCCCCACUCACCUGCUGUGGCCUCAUGAACUGUAUAGACUCUUCCGGCCCAGGUUCCUCAGUUUGCAGGGUGGGGCUGGCCCCCUCCUUCCAACCUGCCUUUCUCGGGAGGAUAGCAGCCAGAGGAACUGAGGUUGACAGCGACAGCCCCCUGGUGGGGGAGCGGGCCAGGCUGGGCACUGCACAGUUAUACAGUAUUUAUUUAUUUAUUCUCCUGGGGUUGGUCUCAGGGUGAGCCAGCCCCACCUCCCGCCCCCGAGGGGGUGCUCUGAGACCCCAGCUUCUCCAGCUCCUCCCUGCGGAGAGCCCCGACCUGAGACAGGCGCUGGACCCGAGGCAGUCGUGGAAGUCCUGGUGCUGACUCCCCACCCAUGAUUGCGUCCGCCCUCUUCUGCGCCAGCCCUGCUCCGGGAGGGCAGACAAACGGGCAAGAAAAUGGAGCCAAAGCUGCAGCCCCCCGCCCCCACCGCGGGCCUGCUGCUCCCCACCCCCACCCCUGCCGGCAGAGCUCCACCGCGCAGAGCUGGACACGGGCUGGGCCAAGCUGCUGGGUUUGCUUCCUUCCUAGGAAGGCGCUCCUGCCGCCGGAGAGAGGGAAAGAAAUACACAUCUGAUGAGACUUUAUAAGAUAAUUAUUAUAACAAAACCCAGUUUGGUGGUCUUUUUUCUUCCACUGGUUUUUUUGUAAUGAUAAUAAA